UUGAGUAAAAGAUCCAAAAGAAGUGAUGAAUUGAAUGACGAAGAAGUGGUCGACAAUAGAGAAGACAAUACAAGUAAUGAACGAUUGAUCGGAAGACUGAGCGUCGAAGACCAGGAAUCAGAGAACGGGUCAGACGUUGGCGUCGAUUGCGAUAUCGGCAACGAUGUGAGCGAUGGAUCAGUUGACGAGAAUGAGGGCCAAGAAGUCUUAAACCUAAACGACUUUUUAGACAACAAAUCCAUUAAAACGUCAACUCUUAAGCGUAAACGCAAAACAAUAGCUAAAACUGAAGUCAUGGAAAUCACUGACCAAUCAGAGGACGACAUGAGCAGAGAACAGACCAUCACAGCCGAGGCUUUGACGAGCCGAGAGAUGGCCGCCGCCGGAGUGGUGAAGGCCUGGAACCGAUCUAAAGGCGAAGCGUUUGUAUGCGAUUGGUUUGAUUGCGGCCGCAGUUAUAGCAAUCAGAGUUAUCUUAAAGAACACCAACGCCUGACUCAUAGGCCCGACGCCGACGGACAAUACAAUUGCCGAAUGAUUAUCUGCUCAUUCAAGACGCCGUCGGCCGAGGAUAUGGCCGAUCACUGGUCAGAGCAUAAGGCGCACCGACUCUGGGCUGACAGUCAGAUACAGCCGGACGGGAAGAUGCCCUGCGGUCAACUCGAUUGCGUCUACCUGUCACCCAAGUACUCGGCCCUAAUCCAGCACCAGCUACGGGUCCACCCAGACGUGUAUCCCUACUGGCCGUGGAUGGAGUGCGAGCGCCCUGACUGUCAGUACCGAACCAAAGCCCAGCGAGACAUCAAACGCCACGCCGACAGUCACAGACAGGGGGACAUUGAGCCAAAGAAACGUGUCCACGUCUACCCGACCCCUAAGCCCAUCGUAACCAUUGACCAUCGGUUUGGGCUGAAACGCAAGCUUACGGCUUCCAAAGGCCCGGACGGACGCUACCGUUGCCCGUGGGAGGGCUGUGACAAGAGUUGGGCCGUACGCAGGGGUUUGACAAUUCAUUGGCGCCGCAACCACACGCCCGACGCCGUAGAGACUAUGGCUGACUGGUUGGUCUGUCCUCUGCCUCUCUGUACGUUCCGCGCCGUAUCGAUUCCGGCGUUGACCGAUCACACGGACACACAUACGGCGCACCGGAAAGCGGCUGACGAUCGACGAGAAUUGAUGGGCAAAUAUCAAUGCGAUUACCGCGAGUGCGCCCAACAGUUUGUCGAUUACGGGCGUCUACUUCGGCAUCAGCUCCACAAACACCCCGAAGCGCACACCGAGUGGCCGUGGUUUGAGUGCCCGCACACGGACUGCGAGUAUAUGACCAAAAUUAGAAGCCUAUUGCGGGGCCACAGAAGCCUUCAUAAGAGGUCGAAGAAAGCCAAAGAGGUUUUGCCGAUGACACCCGACGGCCAGUUUAUAUGCGAUUUUGUCGGUUGCGGUAAACGGUUCUCACGACGCGACCAAUUGAUCCGACAUAAAUGCGUUCACCGGUUAACCGCUUCGGUGUGCGGUGUGGACGGCUGUGCGGCAACGUUCAAAAAUCCGAGACAAUUACGUACCCAUCGGUGGCGUCAGCAUAACAAAGGGGCGCAACACUGCGGACACCCCGGCUGUGACUACAGGUCUGGCAGUCUGUAUACCCUAAAGAAACACCGGUUGACACAUACGGGCGAUAAGCCUUUUGAAUGCGAAUUGGAUGACUGCUCCCAAGCGUUUCGAUUGGAGAAAAUGCUGACCGACCACCAGAAACGUGUCCAUUGGCAGCACUUCCCGGACUUACCGUGGAUUCAAUGCACGCAUAUCGGCUGUGAGUGGCGCACAAAACUCCAAACCGACUUUACAACACACGCAAAGUCUCACACAAAGCCAUACAAGUGCUCGCAAUGCGACAAAUGUUUCUCUGUUUCCGAAGACUUGAGACGCCAUCGCAUCCGUCACGACGACUCCCUGAAGAUCCCCUGCCAUUGGCCGGGAUGUGACAAGAAGUUCGUCCGAUUGGCUGAAAUGAAGCGCCAUCUGAACGCCCACAGCGGAGAGCGGGUCUAUCGGUGUCAAUGGCCCGGAUGUGACAAACAGUAUGUCAACGAGUAUUCACUCAGUUCUCACCAAAAGACCACUCAUAACAAGACUACUGGUGCAGCGGCGGAGACAACAGUCCUUCGCUGCCAUUGGCCUGAAUAUUUGAGUAAAAGAUCCAAAAGAAGGGAUCAAUUGAACGACAAAGAAGUGGUCGACAAUAGAGAAGACAAUAGAUGUAAUAAAAGAUCCAGAGGUCGAAUUAGCGCUGAAGACAAAGCACUAGACAACGAAUCAGAUGUUGGCGUCGAUUGCGAUGUCGACAGCGAUUCAAACGAUGGAUCAGUUGACGAGAAUGAGGGCCAAGAAGUGCUAAGACUAAGCGACAAACCGAAUGAGUCAACACAUGUUAACGAAAAUGGCGACAAAAACUCAGGAAGAAUAGAAUUUAAGUCAACUCUUAAGCAAAAACUUAAGACAUUGUUUGAAAAUGAAGUCAAGGAUAGCAGAGAACAGGCCAUUGCAAGCGAGCCCUCGAGUCGAGACAUGGCUGCGGCCCAAGUGGUCAAAGCCAGGAACCGAUUCAUUAAUAGACCGUUUGUAUGCGAUUGGUUUGAUUGCGGCCGCAGUUAUAGCAGACAGACUCAUCUUAAAGAACACCAACGCCUGACCCAUAGGCCCGACGCCGACGGACAAUACAAUUGCCGACUGAAGACCUGCUCAUUCAGGACACUGUCGGCCGAGAAUAUGGCCGAUCACUCGGCACACCAUAAGGAACACCGACUCUGGGCUGACAGUCAGAUACAGCCGGACGGGAAGAUACCCUGCGGUCAACCCGAUUGCGUCCAACUAUCGCCCACAUACUCGGAUCUAAUCGUACAUCAGCUGCGAACCCAUCCAGACGUGUAUCCCUACUGGCCGUGGUUGGAGUGUUCCCGCACUGGCUGUCAGUAUAGGACCAAAUGCUGUCGAAACAACAAAUCCCACGCCGACAGCCAUAAAGAGGGCGAAAUUGAGCCUAAAAAAGCGCCCGCAAUGCGAACCGUAACCAUAGAUCAUCGCUUUGAGACCAAACGCAAACUCACGGCUCGUAAAGGCCCGGACGGCCGCUACCGGUGCCCGUGGGAGGGCUGUGACAAGAGUUGGACGUUUCGCAAGAGUAUGACAGUUCACUGGCGCCGUUACCACACGCCCGAUGCCAUGAAUGCCACGUUCGCCUGUCCUCUGCCUCUCUGUACGUUCCGCGCCGUAUCGAUGCCGGCGUUGACCGAUCACACGGACACACACACCGCGCACCGGAAAGCGGCCGACGCUCGUCGGCAAUCAGUCGGCAAAUAUCAAUGCGAUUACCGCGAGUGCGCCCAACAGUUUGUCGAUUACGGACGUCUACUUCGGCAUCAGCUCGACCGACACCCCGAAGCGCACACCGAGUGGCCGUGGUUUGAGUGCUCGCACACCGACUGCCAGUAUAUGACCAAAAUUAAAAGCCUAUUACAGCGACACUUGCAGUUUCAUAAGAAGCCCAAGAAAGUGUCGACGAAAUACCCGAUGACACCCGACGGCCAGUUUAUAUGCGAUUUUGUCGGUUGCGGUAAACGAUUCCCACGACGCGACCAAUUGACGCGACAUAAACUCGGCCACCGGUGUAUCCCUACGGUGUGCGGUGUCGACGGCUGUACGGCAACGAUCAACAACCCGAGGAACUUACGUAUUCAUCGGUGGCAUAAGCAUAAUAAAAAGCCCCACCCGUGCGGACACCCCGGCUGUGAUUACAGCACAGGCAGUCUGUUUCGCAUUAAUAGGCAUCGGUUGACACAUACGGGCGAAAAGCCGUUUCGGUGCCAAAUGGAUGGCUGCGGCCAAGCGUUCGGUUUGAACAAGUUUCUGACGGAUCACCAGAAACGUGUCCAUUGGCAGCACUUCCCGGACUUGCCGUGGAUUGAGUGCCCGCACGCCGGCUGUCAGUACCGCACGAAAAUGGUUACCGAUGUCAGAAUACACGCCCGCACCCAUACAAAGCCAUACAAGUGCUCGCAAUGCGAUAAGUCUUUUGCCAAUUCCGAUGACUUGACGCGCCAUCGCAUCCGUCACGACGACUCCCUGAAGAUCCCCUGCCAUUGGCCGGGAUGUGACAAGAAGUUCGUCCGAUUGUCCGAAAUGAAGCGCCAUUUGAACGCCCACAGCGGGGAACGGGUCUAUCGGUGUCUAUGGCCCGGAUGUGACAAACAGUAUCUCAACGAGUAUUCACUUAGUUAUCACCAAAAGUCCACUCAUAACAAGACUACAGCUUUGCCGAAGGAAACAGUCCUUCGCUGUCAUUGGCCUGAAUGUGACUAUAAGACCAAAAACGCCGGAUGUCUAACAAAUCACUUGAACAAACAUCAGGGCAUCGCUGACUACGAGUGCACUAGACUUAAAGUGAAAGCUUAA